AUGCAGGCGAGAAAGGCCGCAAACUCGCUAACCCCAUCCAUAUCAGAGAUCGAGCCUGGACUGUUCAUUGGGAACGCAGGAAGUUCCCAUGAUCUAAAAACACUUCGCGACAACGGCAUCUCCGCUAUUGUCUCUCUCGAAAGCGUCCGGUCCUGCUACUGGGCAUCAAAAGCGUACAGAGAGAUCAUCCCAGAAGAGAGACAUUUGUUUAUUGCGUGCGUGGACACAUCGGUACAGGAUCUCCUCCAGCAUAUGAGUGAUGCCUGUGACUUCAUCGAUAGAAUGCUAGCAUCAGUACAGCCACACCUGUCAUCGACAACCUCAGAGUCGAGUGAAAAUGUUGAACAUACUCAACGUGGUGGUAUCUUGGUGCAUUGCGGGAAAGGCAUCUCACGAUCUGGAACUAUCGUUGUUGCUUACCUUAUGCGUAAGCAUCAGAUGUCUCUGAAUGACGUUUUGAAACUAGUGCAAGAGAAACGCAAAGUCAAGCCGAGUGUUGCCUUUAUGGAACAACUGGAUAUCUGGGAAAAGGUGAAAUAUGAAGUAUGGGAGGAUGCUGAGAAGAUGACCGCCAAACCUCCGUACCAAGAAUAUCUGGACAAGCGCAAGGAGUUGAUAAGCUCAAGGCUUAAUGGACCAUGGCCCUAUUAUAUCGAUCUUGCUUUUGGAGGGUGA